UUCUCUUCGACGAUAUCGAUAUAUUCGGUUCUCGGGCCUUUAGAUAAUCUAAUAUCGAUCGCCUUCUAUAUCGCUUUAACUAUAAGGGCUAUCACGAUUAGAACUUAUAUUAUUUCUAAGAAAAAUAUCGAAUUACUACUACUCGAGCUCUUAGAUUUCUUAGUAGAGAUUUACUCCGCUUAG